AUGGCCAUCUUCCAAGAGAGCGGGCCCGACGAAGCCAUGUGCCCUGUGCUCAGGUCCAAGGGCGCCACCGAUGUCGUCGUUGGCAUUUCCGGAUGCAGCGGCAGCGGCAAGUCGACUCUGACGGCGAUUCUGCACUUCAUAUUCGAGCGAGCCAUCAAGAAUGGCCUGUCCAAAGAUGACGGCCCCCCAGCCAUCAUCACAGUGCUUUGCGACUCGCACUUCAUCCCCAAGCCAGACUGCCCCAGGGCUCGGUUCAAGCCCGUCUUCCCUGGCGACGCCUACGUCAUGGGCGGCCUGCCCGAGUACGCCCACCCUGGCGUCUUCGAUUGUCCCGAUACCGACACUCCCCUUGCCCUGGAUUACUCUCGCAUGUGCGCCACCCUCGAGACGGAGUUUGGCACAGCGGCCCACGAGGAGCAGUGGAACCCCGAGCCCCAGCAGGCAAAGAAGGAAGACGACUACUGCCACCAACAGAUCCUCAAACUGAAGAGCAGGAUUCGCAGUGGCAGCACUAUUGGCGGCAACCUCCCGGCCGGCACCCUACAACAGGCCUUGCAGCUCAUUCGGGCCUCAGCUUCGAAUCAGCUAUCCCUGAACCGUAGGAUCGGCUUUGAGGGUCUCAUCUUCCGUGCCGAUGGCUCCCCUGGCGACGGAUCACUGUCAAAUGGAGCUACUGACGUUGGCCAGAAUGGCACCGACGGCCAUGGAGCUGUGAACGGCAGCAACGGCAACACCGGUGGUCGAAGCGAGGCCCUUGGUAAGCAGGCGAAAGGUGUGGUGAUCGUGGCUUGCCGCCUCGCUCUCGUUGAGGGAUUCAUGCUCUACCCCACCGAUGUCGAUGACCCGUCGACGAGCUGGGGAGAGGCCCUCACCAACGCGACAGAUCCCCGGGUGAAGGAAAGUCUUCGCUAUGCAAAGAAGCUCUACGAUUGCCUCGAUCUGAGACUGUAUAUGCCACUGGACCGCGCCAUGGCCCGUCACAGGCGCCUCACCCGCACCCCUUAUGUGGACACCAUCGCCCUCGAGGGCGGUGGUAGACAGCCGGGCCAGGCCUGGAAGACGGAGGGCUACUUCGACGAUGUUGCGUGGCCCAACCACGAGCGUUUCCACCAGCACCUACUUCCCCAUAAGAUCCAGGAGGCCUACCCAGCCUUUGACACUGAGAAAGGCGGUCAGGCCAUGGGCUGCAUCAUUAGGGGCGACCAAGACGCGGACCUCGCUAUGACGGUCAUUUGGGCCGUCAAGCAGAUCCUCGGUCAUCUCGAGGAGAAGGAGCAGGGUGCACGCUCGCGGUUCCUUUCCGAAAAGCUGCCCUAA